AGUUUUCUCCAACCUGAUGAACUGUCUAGUGUCGCUGCGCUAGCAAAUCCAUCGCUGCCAGGCAGUUCUUGUGAUGUUUUGAGAGUAACAGCGGUGCUUUUCCCCACUGGAAUACAAGGAGACGCCACAACACACUGCUGUCAAUGAAGUCUACUUUUGAAGGUGCCUAAAUUGCUGUGGGAAUUGACCAGUAGGAUUUACAACAGUGCAAAGUAUUUGCUCAGUGCCCCCCAGUCGGCAAGAAUAGGUUUCCAGUUCCCACACCACAUCCAUGUUGACUGCGGCAGCCUUCGCACUAGGUCCAGGGCUACAAACCCCACAACCCCUUUGUUCUUCUGUGGCAAAGAUUCAGCUAAAUUGCAGCGGUUGAGGAAGGACCAUCGCAUGUUAAAAUGUACAUCCUUGUUUCAGUUUGAAGGAUUGUUUACGCGUUAAAAUGGCUGCUGAAAUGGCAUUUGGAAGAGAGGGGUCUUGAAUCAGUGCUGUAACGUUACUAUACCUAGCAGAGGCCAAACUACAAAUAAGCUACAUAUGCUAACAAAUGAUGUAUUGGCUAGUCACAGUUUUCAACGAGUUAGCUGCUUAAUUAGCUUUAACCGAUGGUCGGCUUUUUUGGUAGGUUCUUUCAACAAGAGGUAGGGUGAAGGGAAUUCCUCCCACUCCAAAUGUAUGCAUGCGGUUAAACAAGCAGCCUUUUUUAACACUUUGAUAACAGUACAUUUUCUUAGCCGUUUUGCUUUGUAAACAGGCUUAGCUAAGCCUUAAUGUGAGUAUGCAUAACGCUCAACAAAUAUGCAGGACUUCUUUGUUAUAAUUCAAACAUCCUGAAUAGCCGAGGCUUUCUCCAGCAGACCUAAAGGCCCCGGUCUUUUACUCGGCUUGGUCGUCCUGGCAGAAAAAUGGAUCCUGGGGGGAAAUGUAAGACUGAACUCCUUCUUUUUGGACCCAAAUUAGCCACCCACAGCGAUCUGCGGGGUAUCAACAGAUACUUGGUGGUCUAUGUUUUGUUUUACUUUGUACUGUUCACUCACGCCUCCCCGGCGAAACCGUGUGACAAGAAUUGUCUAUCUGGAAAAUGUAUCAACGGAUCCUGCAUCUGUGAUCGUGGAUGGGUUGGAGACCAGUGCCAGCAUUGCCAAGGAAGGUUCAAGUUGACUGAGCCCUCAGGAUACCUCACCGAUGGUCCAAUCAACUACAAGUACAAAACAAAGUGCACCUGGCUCAUUGAGGGCUAUCCAAAUGCAGUUCUCAGGUUAAGAUUUAACCACUUUGCCACAGAAUGUAGUUGGGACCAUAUGUACGUCUAUGAUGGAGACUCGAUAUAUGCCCCCCUGGUUGCUGUUUUCAGUGGCCUCAUCGUGCCAGAGAUACGAGGAAAUGAGACGGUUCCUGAGGUUGAGACAACUUCAGGCUAUGCACUACUGCACUUUUUCAGCGAUGCUGCAUAUAACCUGACAGGAUUUGAAAUAUUUUACUCGAUCAACUCCUGUCCCAAUAACUGCUCUGGCCAUGGGAAGUGCACCCCUGGUAACUCGGCCGCCAGCAGAGUGUACUGUGAAUGUGACAAGUACUGGAAAGGCGAGGCCUGUGACAUCCCGUACUGCAGGAACAACUGCGGCAGCCCCGACCACGGCUACUGCGACCUCACUGGGGAGAAGUUGUGCGUCUGCAAUGACAGCUGGCAAGGCCCAGACUGCUCUCUAACUGUACCUUCCACUGAGUCCUUCUGGGUUCUACCAAGCGUCAAGCCGUUUGGCACAUCACUCGGCAGAGCUUCCCAUAAGGCUGUGGUGCAAGAAAAGGUCAUGUGGGUGGUGGGCGGAUACACCUUCAACUACAGCUCCUUCCAGAUGAUUCUCAACUACAACCUGGAGAGUGGCAUCUGGAACACAGUUCCCAUAAAUAGUGGCCCUGUGCCAAGAUACGGCCACUCACUCGCUGCCUACCAGGAUGAUAUCUAUAUGUUUGGUGGGAAACUGGAGGCGGGCUGGGCGAAUGUGACAGACGAGCUGUGGGUGUUCAACAUACCAAGUCGGACGUGGCAGCGGAGAAACCCUGUGGUUGGCCCACCGGCCCAGAUUUACGCUGUGGAGGGUCACUCGGCCCACUGCGUCUCGCUAGAUGAGGGCGAGGCCAUUAUGCUGGUCAUCUUUGGCUACUCCCCCAUCUACAGCUACGUCAGCAACGUUCAGGAGUAUAGCCUGAGGUCCAACACGUGGCUGGUGCCUGUGACCAAAGGUGCCGUUCCCCAGGGAGGUUACGGCCACAGCAGCACGUAUGACAGUGCCAGCGGUAGUGUGUAUAUUCAUGGAGGCUAUAAGGCACUGCCUGCCAACAAGUACGGCCUUGUUGAUGACCUUUACCGCUAUGAGGUUAACACCCGGACAUGGUUCAUUUUGAGAGAGAGCAGCUUUCCACGGUACAUGCACUCAGCUGUGCUCCUCAGCGGCACCCUGCUCAUCUUCGGCGGCAACACACACAACGACACAUCACUCAGCAACGGGGCCAAGUGUUUCUCUGCUGACUUCCUUGCGUAUGACAUCGCGUGUGAUGAGUGGAGUCUCCUGCCUAAGCCAGACCUGCACAGGGAUGUCAACCGCUUUGGUCACUCUGCUGUGGUCAGCAAUGGGUCCAUGUAUGUGUUUGGGGGCUUCUCCGGCGUGCUGCUCAACGAUGUGCUUGUUUACCGACCCCCCAGCUGCCAGGCCUUCUUGGCAGAGGAAGGGUGUGUGAAGGCUGGGCCGGGGGUGCGCUGCAUCUGGAGUCGAGGCCGCUGUCUUCCCUGGGAACCCAGCAUGGUUAAUGGAAGCCUCACUCCUGCCUCGUUCUGCCCCCCUAAACCUGUCACAGUGGAUGAGCGGUGCUACCGGUUCUCAGACUGUGCCAGCUGUACAGCCAACACCAACGGGUGCCAGUGGUGUGAUGACAAGAAGUGCAUCUCUGCCUCCAGCAACUGUACCUCUAACGUGAGGAACUUCACUGAGUGUCCAGUGCGGAACGAGCAUGUGUGCAGCAAGCUUGCCAACUGCAAGAGCUGCUCGCUGAAUCUCAACUGUCAGUGGGACCAGAAUCAGUCAGAGUGCCACGCUUUGCCUGCCCAGCAGUGCAGUGAGGGAUGGAGCCAGGUGGGGGAGGCCUGUCUGAGGAUCAACUCCAGCCGCGAGAGUUAUGACAAUGCCCAACACUACUGCAAGAACCUCAAUGGAAACAUCGCCUCACUCACCACCUCCAAACAAGUGGACUUUGUGCUUGAGGAACUAAACAAGCUCCAGCAACAAGACAAGCGGCUGUCUCCCUGGGUGGGCCUGAGAAAAAUCAACGUGUCGUACUGGGGUUGGGAGGACAUGUCUCCCUUCACCAACGGCAGCCUGCGCUGGCUGCCCGGCGAGCCCAGUGACUCUGGUUUCUGUGCAUACCUGGAGGAGCCUCAGGUGUCAGGCCUGAGGGCCAAUCCAUGCACUGCCACUGCCCAUGGUCUCAUCUGUGAAAAAGCUACCGGAAACCCCAACCAGAGUUCCCGUCCAUCCUGUAAGAAGCCUUGCUCGAUGCACACUAAUUGUGCCAACUGUACCAGCCAGGCCAUGGAGUGUAUGUGGUGCGGCAGUGCGCAGCGCUGUGUCGACUCAACUGCCUAUGUUAUCUCUUUCCCCUAUGGCCAGUGUCUGGAGUGGCAGACUGGUGAUUGUGUGGCUCAGAACUGUUCAGGCCUGCGGACAUGUUCCCAAUGCUUGGAGCAGCCUGAGUGUGGCUGGUGUGGAGAUCCCAGCAGCACAGGGAAGGGCCUGUGCAUGGAGGGCUCUUACCGGGGGCCAAUGAAAAGACUGGCGAAGCAGGGCCAGCAGGUCCAGUCCCAGGACAUGAUCCUGGAGCCGGGCAUCUGCCCCAAAGACAAGGGCUACGAGUGGGCCUUCAUUUACUGCCCUGCAUGCCAGUGUAAUGGCCACAGCACAUGUGUGAACGGCAGUGUGUGCGAACAGUGCCGUAACCUCACCACUGGUCCUCACUGCCAGACCUGCAUGCCGGGUUACCAUGGAGACCCAACCAAUGGCGGCAAAUGCCAGGCCUGUAAGUGUAAUGGUCAUGCAAGUGUGUGCCAGGUGUUAACUGGCAAGUGCUUCUGUACCACCAAGGGGAUCAAAGGAGACCAGUGCCAGCUAUGUGACUCAGAAAACCGUUACCUUGGCAAUCCACUCAGAGGAACCUGUUACUACAAUCUCCUGAUCGACUACCAGUUCACCUUCAGUCUCAUCCAGGAAGAUGAUAAUCACUACACUGCCAUCAACUUUAUGGCCUCACCUGAGCAGGCUAACAAGAACUUGGACAUGUCCAUUAAUGCAUCCAACAACUUUAACCUCAACAUCACCUGGUCGGUGGGAUCGACAGCUGGAACCAUCUCUGGAGAGGAGGUACCCAUUGUGUCCAAAACUAACAUCAAGGAAUACAGAGACAGUUUCUCCUGUGAGAAGUUCACCUUUCGAAGCAACCCCAAUAUUACCUUUUAUGUCUACGUCAGUAACUUCUCAUGGCCUAUCAAGAUCCAGAUUGCCUUCUCCCAACACAACAGUAUCAUGGAUCUUGUCCAGUUCUUUGUCACAUUUUUCAGUUGCUUUCUAUCACUACUCCUGGUGGCUGCAGUGGUGUGGAAGAUCAAACAGACCUGCUGGGCUUCACGCCGGAGAGAACAACUGAUGAGAGAGCGUCAGCAGAUGGCCAGUCGUCCAUUUGCCUCAGUUGCGCUCGCACUGGACGCCAGGGGCGAGGAAACAGAACUGUUGCAGCCUGUGGUUGACGGUGUACCUAAACCUGUAGCGAUUGAGCCGUGUUCAGGAGGGAAAGCUGCUGUGUUGACUGUCCUCAUGCGUCUGCCCUCUGGGCUCUCAGACUUACCUCCCCCAGGACAGUCAGGACUCAUUGUUGCCAGUGCGCUGAUAGACAUUUCACAGCAGAAACCAUCAGAUUUUAAGGACAAGUCCCAGGGUUUAAAGAACCGAAAAGCCCUUUUUCCAGCACACCAAGGCACCUGUGUCUGAGUCUCAACCUGUCAAUCCAGUUGGGUCCCUUUUUAUACCAUCUGAGGUCACAUUAUUUCACUAUGGCGCAGGUCCCAGUUGGAGGCCUUUCCACAGACAAGACAUUGCUACGUUUGGCUGCUACUACUCAAAUGUUCACUGAAACUUGCGGAGUCCACAAGAGCACAACCUUGCUUACCUUUCCUGUCCCUUUGCUCUAAUCUGCACACAUCCACCUCUGGUCACAUCUCCAGUCGUCUCCAAUCUCUGUAACAACCUUUCCUCCACCUACUGGGCCCAAAAUUGCUUCCCUUCAGCUUGGGCAGUUACCAUGGCAAAACUGCGUCUGCGUGUUGUCUGCGCUAAGCGGGAACCCGCCUGAUCAGUGACAUCAGAGACAGAUUUGAUGAGGGGGAUCUGCACCUAUUGGAGCUUCGGUCGGGACUAUUUUGUGACGCCUCAUCGUCCAUUUGCUCAGCAUGAGGGAAAAGCGAAGGUGUCUGUACCUUAAGGUAUAUCCAAGUUAAAUUGAUCACAUCAAGUUGGAAAGACGAGAGAUGAUCUAAAAAAUGGCUGGUAGACCUCCAACACAUGCUGCCUGUGGUUUUUUGUUUGUUUUUUUGCUUGCCAACAAGUGGUAUUCUAUGGUGCUAAGGCAUUUAGUUCUUAUGAGAAGCCUUUGCUGUAUGGACUGAUAUCAUUCUGCCUUUUCGUGGGGGAAGCUAUGCGCUAGGCUAGGACUCUCUUUAACACCCCGUAACCACGUGAUAGGGUUUUGACGACGUAUUUUCGCCACACCACUUUGCCACUUACCAUUUAAUGAUCGGUUUUAGCAUUUACUGUACAUAUGUAUCAUCCACCCAUCUGAAGCUAACGUCUGUAUUUUCUGUGGAAUACAUGUACAAAUGCUGCUGAGACAUGAGACUGCAAUCACUACAAGCGGCUGCAUGUAGGUGAAGACCGCAGAACUGAAGGAGGCACAAACAAACCAUCAGUCAUAAAACUAAAGCACGGAAAACUGGAAAAAAAGUUUGAUCCAUUUUUAUUAGCCAACUGGAAGUUUCAUUUGUUACAAAAAUCCAGAUUUUUUUUGUUCAGUGUGCUCACUGCUAAAGAAGUUCCAUAAUGCAGACUAACAAGGACGUUCUGGUCAAUUCUUUACCGUAGCUGGUUAUUGGGUCAUUUUGCUGUGCAACUUGCUGUUGGCCUUGGAUUUAUGUGGUGGGCGGAUGCCAUUUAAGAGAAAGAUGUCUGCUUAAGAAAAUUAGACCAGGGACAUCAUGCUCCUCUGGCUGUUUACUAGUUUGUUUUGUAAGGUUUUUUUAGGAGCCCUCUGACACCAUGACUUUAUUUCCAUCUUUGAGUACAAUGAAUUACGUUACUUUUUUAUAAUGUUUCCAUGGAAGGAGGGGGCCUGUUGAUCUGCAGAAUUUUCAAAGCUGUCGACCAUUUUUAGCCCAGACCUCCACCCUGAGCUGUACAGUGUCUUGUUGGAACAAAUGUGAGUCUUUGUCCCCUUAUCUCUUGAGAUUUCAUGUGUUUGUCAGGUUUUUAUGACAGAAUGGCAAGAGAUUAUCAUUUAUUUUAGGCCUUGUCACCUGUUACUAUUUUAUAUAUAUAUAUAUAUAUAUAUAUAUAUAUAUAUAUGAUAAAUUGUAAGUCUUUUGCUACACUUGUGAAAAGAGCAUCUCUGUUAAUAUUUUUUGUUUUGAUAUUUAACAGAUUCCUGUGUAAUAGCAUUAAACUUGAUUUUAUUGUUGACUUAAAUAGGUUGUUUUAAUGUCAUCUCCUUUUGAAUUGUGCAUAUGUAAGGACUGUACGGGCAUUGUAUUGCUUUUUGUUGCAAAGUAAGUUGUCGUUAUGAUGCAUUUUUUCAAGGAUAGUAUGCCAGCUAAUGUGUUUUUAUUUUGUGUUUGUAGAGUAAUCCUAUAACAGUGUCAUUACACAGGAAUCAGGGUCUCACUGUACCAUGUAAAAAAGAUGAUAAUCUGCAUAUCAGUAAUCUUCAGUGUAUUUUAAAGAUGGACAACAUGCCAGAAAA